CCGACCAUCUUCCACUUCAAAGCCCAUGUCGUCUCCUCUACUCCAAUUCCUGUCACUAUCAGGCAGUAUCUUCUGUGGGACUUCCCAGCUGCCACUCCUCAUCCACGUGGAACACUUCACUUGUCACUCAAUACACUGUCUCUAUUCUCUUCUCCACCUUCUCUCUUUCUCUGGUAAAAAUCUCCUUCAUUUCCUUCAUCCACAAGUUGCUUAUGUUAUGCAUUUGUUCCUCAAUUUCUGUAACAGAUACAUCACUUGACAUUCCUUUUGUUUCUCUGAUCUUGGAAGGAAACAUCCCAGUUUCUCGCCCUUUUUUGUUCCCUUUUUUCUUGUCACUGUACAGAAACCAAAGAAAAGAAAAGAAAAAAGAAGCUAGUUAAAAGGGAAAAAAGAGAACAGAUCAAUUUGUCUUAAUAUAGACACAAAACAAAUCUCUUGGGUAAUCGCGUUUUUAGGAACUACCCAGAUCCGGAUUUCUCUCUCUCUACGUUGUUUCUGUUUCUUCUCUCUGUAUCUGUCUCUCCUUUGUCUCAUGACUCGCAUUUGUUUAUUCCAAUCUUGAAAAGGUAUUCUCUUUUUUCCUGGUUUGUUUUGAAUUGGUCUUGUUGAGUUGCUGACCAACUUCAUUUCUCUUGUGGCCUUCAGCAGAAUUUACCAACUGAAAAUUUGCUCCUAAAACGCUAGCUUAAUGCGUUAUUCAUUCUAGUUUGUCCCGCAUUUUAGAGUUUUUGAUUUGGUUUUGUUUUUAUAAUCUGAUUUAUCUGUCUUUCCAUUUGAUAUAUCUUCAUCAUUGGGGAUCUGGGUUCUUGUUAAUUUAGCCAACAGCCAUUUUUUUUUUGUUGUUACCAUUUGAUUAUGUUGUUUUUGUCAGUGUUCUUUAAUUUGGGGAUCUGGGUUCUGGUAAAUUCUCAAAAGAGGUUUCUGGGAUAGAUUCAUUGUUUGAUUUCUACCUAUCUUGUUAGCUUGUCAUCAUUGAUUUUCUUUGUUUGGAGAUUGGUACUUUUGUUUUUAAAUCUAACAUUAUGCAUUACAAAAGUCAAGAAUUGGAACAUUCAAGUAGAGCAAUGAUGGAUUGGAGAUAAAGUGGGAGAAGAUAGCAACAUUUUUAUCUAUGAUUUUUGUAGUUUAGCACUUGAAAGAACUGAGGCAAUUAAUAUCAGCCAUCCUCUUGAGACUAAGAGGACUGUGGAUUAGAAUUAUGGGCUGCAUUUGCUCGAAAGGCAGUCGAGCAAAUGACUAUGUAGAAAACAAUGCCCCAAGAAAAGAAACAACUAAAUCUAGCAAACGUACAGUCUCUUCUUCCAAAAGAGAUGAAGCUGUAGUAGAGGUGGAUGGCAGUGUCAAUGAUGCCACUGCAAGCCUUAUAUCAAACCAACCGAGAAAUAACAAUGGGGGCUCUACUUCUGUAUCAUCUGACGAGGAUCAGAAAAAAUCUGCAGAGGCUGGUGCUCAGAAAGUAACUAGGCUAUUGAGUUUGCCCAAUGGGGAAAAAGGAGCACAAGUUGUUGCUGGUUGGCCUUCUUGGUUGACUUCUGUGGCUGGAGAAGCCAUCAACGGAUGGGUGCCUCGAAGGGCUGAUUCAUUUGAGAAGUUGGAUAAGGUUGGACAAGGAACUUACAGUAGUGUGUACAAAGCCCGUGAUCUUGACACAAAUAAAAUUGUUGCAUUGAAGAAGGUCCGGUUUGCUAACAUGGAUCCUGAUAGUGUACGUUUUAUGGCAAGAGAAAUCAUAAUAUUGCGUAGGCUUGAUCACCCGAAUGUCAUGAAACUUGAAGGAAUAAUUACUUCGAAGAUGUCUGGUAGUUUAUACCUUAUAUUUGAAUACAUGGAGCAUGAUCUUGCAGGGCUUUUGGCUACUCCAGGGGUUAAGUUCACUGAACCACAGAUUAAAUGUUAUAUGCAACAACUACUUCGUGGACUUGAACACUGCCACAGUCGUGGAGUCUUGCACCGUGACAUCAAAGGGUCAAAUCUAUUGCUUGAUCUAAAUGGCAAUCUCAAGAUUGGUGAUUUUGGGCUGGCAACCUUUUUCUGUACCCCUCAGAAGCAGCCUCUAACAAGUCGUGUAGUAACAUUGUGGUACAGGCCUCCUGAGCUCCUGCUUGGUGCCACAAGUUAUGGGGUUUCUGUGGAUCUUUGGAGUACUGGUUGCAUUCUUGCAGAAAUGUUUGCUGGGAGGCCUAUUAUGCCUGGAAGAACGGAGGUGGAGCAACUGCAUAAAAUCUUCAAACUUUGUGGCUCACCAUCUGAAGAGUAUUGGAAGAGAUCAAAACUACCACAUGCAACCAUUUUUAAACCUCAACAACCUUAUAAACGGUGUGUUGCUGAUGCGUACAAGGACUUUCCUUCAUCUGCUUUGGCCCUUUUGGAUGUCCUCCUUGCAAUAGAACCCGAGGACCGUGGAACAGCUGUUUCAGCACUUGACAGUGAGUUCUUCACAACAAACCCCCUUCCCUGUGAUCCUUCAAGUUUGCCCAAGUACCCACCAAGCAAGGAUUUUGAUAUGAAAGCUCGGGAUAAUGAUGCUAGAAGGCGUAGAGGAGGUAAAGGACGUGCACAUGAAACAACUAAAAAGAAUGGAGGAUCUAGAGCUGUUCCAGCACCAGAUGCCAAUGCAGAGUUGCCAGCAUCAAUACAGAAGCGAAAAGGGCAGUCGAAUCCUAAAAGCAUCAGUGAACAGUACAAUCCCCAACAAGGUGGUGGUUCCGACUUACCUGUUGAGCCUCCUGAAGGAACAGCAAAACAUGUUUACCCACAUUCAGGGCAGUCAAUCCAUCAUCCUAUGAACAAUGGAUCGGGCAGUUUGAAUGUUAAUGAAAAUGAGACGCCUGGAGCUCCCAGCCAAUCAUUUGUUUCUCCUAAGAAUACUGGAGACUUGAGAACUCAGAGAUCUUUUGUUCAACGGGGAGCAGCUCAGUUGUCCAGAUUUUCUAAUUCUGUUGCAGUUAGAGGCAUUUCGCAAUUAGACAAUGGCAGUGCAACUACAGCGAAUCCACACUGGCCAGAAGAUCGUUUUGAUCCACGAUAUACCCAUCUGGAUGAUUCCUCCCACCAUUUACUGAGUAGGCCAAAGUUCUCAAACAAGGAUGGUCGACCAUCUGGUUUGGAGUCUGCAAGGGUUUACUUUCAAAAGAAAGGUCGGAUGCAUUACUCUGGACCACUGAUGGCUGCAGGAGGAAAUGUUGAGGACAUGCUCAAAGAGCACGAGAAACAAAUUCGGGAAGCCGUCCGCAAAGCUCGUACAGACAAGACCAAGACCAAUAAGGACUACAGUGAAGUUGGUCAAACAGAAUCACUACUAUACUAUGGAAAAAGUGGCAGGUGAUCGCUGGAGUUGAAAGAUGCAUCCUUUAUUGAAUCUCCAGUGCAGCACUUGCAGCAAUUUCAGGUAUUCCUUUUUGGAGUCUGACAAAUCUCACCACUGCACAAGACUCGGCAGUAAUGAGCUUCUGUGAGGAUCACCCCAUCAGAUAGCUAUCUGUCAUCACAAUGAGGUCCAAAAUUUAAAAAUGCUGUAGAUAAUUCAAAAAUGUGAUUAGUUGGAAAGCCAAUUGAAACCACCACCAUAGUGUUAGUGUAAGAUGGUGUUUCAUAUGAUGCCGGCAAAUUAUUCGACUCCAAAGAGAAAGAAUCUCUCUUUGCCUUUUUGCGUUUUUCAGCUUUGAAGUUUUAUUUUGUACAGUUGAAAUCUGUUUGUUGUUUUCUUCUUCCAAUAAAUCCUCAUUCAGUGUACAAGGUUAUAACAA